AUGGCGAAAGCCGCCGCCGCAGCGAAGCCCAAGAGCGCUUCGUUGACCAACAGCAAGCCUGUGGUCAAGAAGAACGACGAUUACGCCUCUGAUGGCGUUGCCGACAAUGAUGUCUUCCUCCUACCUUUCUCCGACUACCAGGUCAUGUUUCUUGUGACCGUUGUCGGUGCCAUUGUGCGACUUUUUCGCAUCUACCAGCCUACCAGCGUCGUCUUUGACGAGGUCCACUUCGGUGGCUUCGCUUCCAAGUACAUCAAGGGCCGUUUCUUCAUGGACGUUCACCCCCCGCUCGCCAAGAUGCUCAUUGCUCUUGUUGGCUGGCUCGCCGGUUUCGAUGGAGAUUUCGAUUUCAAGGAUAUUGGCAAGGACUACCUAGAGCCAAAGGUUCCCUACGUCGCCAUGAGACUGUUCCCUGCUGUUUGCGGUAUUCUGUUGGUGCCAACCAUGUUCUUGACUCUCAAGUCUGUGGGCUGCCGUACCGCAACUGCCGCCCUUGGUGCCUCUCUGAUCAUCUUCGAGAAUGGCCUGCUUACCCAGGCUCGCCUGAUUCUCCUCGACUCGCCUCUUGUCCUUGCCACCGCAUUCACUGCCCUGGCUUUCAACUCCUUUACCAAUCAACAUGAACAGGGUCCUACAAAGGCAUUUCAGCCUGCUUGGUGGUUCUGGCUGCUCAUGACUGGCCUGGGCUUGGGUAUUACCUUCAGCAUCAAGUGGGUUGGUCUUUUCACCAUUGCCUGGGUUGGAUCUUUGACCUUGGUUCAACUCUGGGUUCUUCUCGGUGACACCAAGACAGUGACUAUGCGCAUCCUGGCAAAGCACUUUUUGGCUCGUGUUUUCUCCCUAAUCAUCAUUCCCGCAACCUUCUACAUGGCCAUGUUUGGUAUUCACUUCUUGUGCCUUACCAACCCUGGCGAAGGUGAUGGGUUCAUGAGCUCCGAGUUCCAAGCUACUCUCAACAACAAGGGUAUGCAGGAUGUUCCCGUCGAUGUGGCUUUUGGCAGCAGACUCUCCAUCAGACAUGUCAACACGCAGGGUGGAUACCUCCACUCUCACCCGCUCAUGUACCCAGGCGGCAGUCAGCAACAGCAGAUUACCCUGUACCCUCACAAGGAUGACAACAAUAUCUGGCUCAUCGAGAAUCAAACUCAGCCGCUCGAUAUCAACGGCGAGCCUAUCAAUGGCACAGGCGCUUGGGACAAUGUCAAGAACAUGACUGAGAACUACGUCCGUGACGGCGACGUCAUUCGCUUGUACCACAUUUCCACUCACAGACGCCUUCACUCGCACGAUGUGCGCCCGCCUGUGAGCGAAGCUGAGUGGCAGAACGAGGUUUCAGCAUACGGUUACGAAGGAUUCCCUGGCGAUGCCAACGAUCUCUUCCGUGUCGAGAUUGUCAAGAAGCAGUCUGUUGGCGAUCUCGCCAAGGAGCGCGUUCGAACCAUCCAGACAAAGUUCCGACUGGUUCAUAUCAUGACUGGCUGUGUUCUCUUCUCGCACAAGGUCAAGUUGCCUGACUGGGCCUCUGAGCAGCAGGAAGUCACCUGCGCAAAAGGCGGUACUCUACCCAACAGUCUCUGGUAUGUCGAGUAUAACGAGCACCCCUCGCUCGGGCCCGAUGCUGAGAAGGCAAACUACGUCCGUCCUGGCUUCCUCGGCAAGUUCUGGGAAUUGCAAAAGGUCAUGUGGCGAACCAACGCUGGCUUGGUCGAGUCUCACGCCUGGGACUCGCGUCCCGAGUCUUGGCCCAUCCUGCGCCGUGGUAUCAACUUCUGGGGCAAGAACAAUCGUCAGAUCUAUCUGAUUGGUAACCCCGUGGUCUGGUACACGUCUACGGCUGCCAUCAUUACCUACGUGCUCUUCAAGGGCAUCGCCAUUCUCCGCUGGCAGCGAAGCUGCAGAGAUUACGAUGACGCCACGUUCAAGCGUUUCGACUACGAGAUCGGUACUUCGGUCCUUGGUUGGGCUCUGCACUACUUCCCCUUCUACCUCAUGCAGCGUCAGCUUUUUUUGCACCACUAUUUCCCGGCACUCUACUUUGCGGUCUUGGCUUUCUGCCAGCUCUAUGACUUUGUCACUGCUCGAUUCCCCCUUCCUGGAAUCCGAAGCAACCCGAUUGUCAACAAGACGGGCGCUGUUGCCAUCCUGGCCGUGACUGCUGUGGCUUUUUCACUUCUGUCGCCCUUGGCUUAUGGUAAUGCCUGGACGAAGAGCGAGUGUACCAGGGUCAAGUUGUACGACACUUGGGAUUGGGACUGCAAUACCUUCCUUGACAGUUAUGAGGCCUACGACAAGAUCACUGCCAGUGCCGUUAAGGCUGCUCAGACUUCUCAGCCGGCCGCUGUCAACCAGGAAGUUCCUCCAGCUCAACAAGCACAACAGCCCAUCCAGGAUGCCCCAAACGGGGGGGAGGGCGCCGCGGGAAUCUCCGGGGCGCCCCAGUUCGAGCCCCAGGGCCAGAAGGUCAUCGCCAGGGAGGAACACGUAGAGUACAGAGACGCGGAGGGCAACUUGCUCAACGAAGAGCAGAUCGCCGAGCUUUCCGGGAAAGUAGAGUUCAAAACCAGAUACGAAACAAGGACUCGCGUCGUCGACAGCGAAGGGAACGAGAUUCCCAACGCCGAGGUGCCGGUAGCCCCGCCUCACCCUGAUGUUGAAGGACCUGACAGCAGCACCAAGAAGUCUCCAGAGGCACCUGUGGAGGAUGCUGAGGCCCAGCCGGUGAUUCAGUCCAAGGACGGUGAAAAGGAGAAGGAAGCCGAGAAGCCCAAGCCCGCAAGCGAGGGCAACGAUGCUACAGCCCAGUAA